GAAGGGAAUUACAUAUAUGCCCUUGAAUCAUUCUUAACAGUCCUUUUCCUGUUCUCUCCUCAGCUUUUCAUCAAAAUUACAAUCUCGGUUCCACUUGAGUCCCCUGGUUCUAUAAAUUGACUCCCUCUCCAUGGCUACAAUUCCCUUUCUUCCUCUCCUCUACUUCCUUGCUUAAAUUACUAGAAACUCUGCUGUUUUUUUUCUCCCUUUUGUUAUCUCUAGUAUUCUUCCUCUUUAGAUUUUUCUUGGGUUCUGGAUCACCAAAACUCAACAGCUAAAUAUUGUGUUCUUGCGGCUGCUGUUGCCCCAGGAACAAUCCCCUCGUCGGUCACAUCCAGAGUCAUUUGCAGGGGGAGACUCUGCCAAAAUUCACUCCAGAUUUUUGAACCAAACUUGGCUGUUGGUUGAUCCUUGGAGUGAAAUGCCAUCUUGCUCCUGAGAUCGGAGAUUUUUCAAUCUUUCGUUCCAAAAUCUGCUCUUUCUGCACCUGAAACCUCUAGUUAUCUUUCACAUGCAGCGUCUGCUUCUCAUCUUUAUAAUCUAUGUCGCCUGUUAUAAGUGAGAUACUUCUCUCUGGUUUUAUGAUAAAUUCCACCCUCAGGCGCAGGUCUCCUCUUGUUCAAUCCUUCUCUGUUGUCUUCCUCUACUGGUUCUACGUCUUUUCAUGAACUUGUUCUGAGAUCUGAAAGUCUGGGCCUUGUCCAUCUUUUCUCAUAUAUUGUCUCUUAAUUUUCAUCCAAGUAAUAAUAUUGGCUAAAUCUAUAAUUAAGCUGCAUCUCAUCUCAGAAUCUAGUCUUUCCUAAGCACCAGCCGUAAACUUUACAGAUAACUUUGCUAAAUAACUCAUUUUGCUGCCAAACCCCAAAGCAGCCAUGGCUUCUCCAUGUGGGACUUCUUCUGGUUCCAGCCUGCUGCAGAAUUCGGCCUCCUGCGAAGUGGAUCUACAGGCACUGAUGGACCAUAAAAGGCAGAAGAGAAAGAUAUCAAACCGUGAAUCUGCGAGGCGGUCAAGGAUGCGCAAGCAGAAGCACCUGGAAGAUCUGACGGCACAGGUGAAACAAAUGAGGAAGGAGAACAGUCAGGCCUUGACACAGUUGACCCUCACCACACAGCAAUACUUUGUUGUGGAGGCUGAGAACUCUGUUCUCAGGGCUCAGUUGAUGGAGCUCACCAGAAGGCUGCAGUCUCUUAAUGAGUUCCUUCUCCGCCUGAAUGAAAACAGCCAUAUCAGCAGUGGCCUCCUCUGUGAUGCUCCUCAAAACAAUGAAAACUUCAACACUCCAUGGAACUGGUACAUGAACCAGCCCAUCAUGGCUUCAUUACAGAACAUGUGGCAUUACUGACAGAUAAGAAAGCAUUGAUGUUGUAAUAAGGAGGGUAGCUACUGCGACUCAGUGCUUUAUGAUUAGUGGGCCAUUGUCUAGGUGUCUGGUGUAUUUUAUUGAGGCCAGGUGUCUGGUGCGGUUUGUAUGUUUGUAUUAAAUGAAGAAGUAUUUCAUGUUUCACCAA